UCCGCGCGACCUGCUCGGAAGUGCCAAAUGCAACUUCCGGACUGGAGAGGGAAUUUUGGAGGCCGAAACUGUGGUCCACCUAGGAAUUCUAACGAAUCACUGAUUGACCAGCACCAUUUUACCACUUGGAAUGAGAUAUCAGAAAUGGGCAUAGUGCUUUUAGAUCCAACAUGUAAUGGAUGUCAUUCCGUGCUGAUUACGUCUUCAAGUCAACACGCUUUUGAUUGUGCAGGAUCUUUAUUUUUCCAUCUUUGAAUUUGGAUUGCUGGCAGACAAAAGGAGUUGAUGUAUUUUUUUCUAAAUCCAAGUUUGAGUCACCAUGAGUACUAGUUUAGGUAAAGAAAAAGACUCUAAAGAGAAAGAUCCCAAAGUACCGUCAGCCAAGGAAAGAGAAAAGGAGGCAAAAGCCUCUGGAGGUUUUGGGAAAGAAAGCAAAGAAAAAGAACCUAAAACCAAAGGGAAAGAUGCCAAAGAUGGAAAGAAGGAUUCCAGUGCUGUGCAACCAGGCGUCGCUUUUUCAGUUGAUAACACCAUCAAACGGCCAAAUCCAGCCCCUGGAAAUAGGAAAAAAGCUAGUAAUACAGAAGUAAAUAAGGAGCUCAAUAAAUGCCGGGAAGAGAAUUCAAUGCGUUUGGACUUAUCCAAGAGAUCUAUACACAUAUUGCCAUCAUCAAUCAAAGAGUUGACUCAAUUAACAGAACUUUAUUUAUACAGUAACAAAUUACAGUCCCUCCCAGCAGAGGUGGGCUGCUUAGUAAAUCUCAUGACACUGGCUCUCAGUGAAAAUUCACUUACCAGUUUGCCUGACUCUCUUGAUAACUUGAAGAAGCUUCGGAUGCUUGAUUUACGGCAUAAUAAACUGAGAGAAAUUCCUUCAGUGGUGUAUAGGCUAGAUUCUCUUACCACUCUCUACCUUCGCUUUAAUCGUAUAACUACUGUGGAAAAGGACAUCAAAAACCUGUCAAAACUCAGCAUGCUUAGCAUUCGAGAGAACAAAAUCAAACAACUACCUGCUGAAAUUGGUGACUUAUGUAACCUCAUUACGCUGGAUGUAGCUCACAAUCAACUUGAACACCUCCCAAAGGAGAUUGGGAACUGCACACAGAUUACGAACCUGGACCUGCAGCACAAUGAACUCCUAGACCUCCCUGAUACCAUAGGAAACUUGUGCAGUUUAAGUCGUCUUGGUCUGAGAUAUAAUAGACUGUCAGCAAUACCCAGAUCAUUAGCAAAAUGCAGUGCACUUGAAGAAUUAAAUUUAGAGAACAAUAACAUUUCUACUUUACCAGAGAGUCUUUUGUCCAGUCUUGUAAAACUGAAUAGUUUGACCUUAGCUAGAAACUGCUUCCAGUUAUAUCCAGUGGGUGGUCCAUCUCAGUUUUCUACCAUCUAUUCCCUCAACAUGGAACACAAUCGAAUCAAUAAAAUUCCAUUUGGGAUUUUCUCCAGAGCAAAAGUAUUAAGUAAGCUGAAUAUGAAGGACAAUCAGUUAACAUCACUUCCUUUGGAUUUUGGAACUUGGACCAGUAUGGUGGAAUUGAAUUUAGCUACUAAUCAGCUCACAAAGAUCCCUGAGGAUGUGUCUGGUCUAGUUUCUCUUGAGGUUCUAAUACUAUCAAACAAUCUUCUAAAGAAACUUCCCCAUGGUCUUGGGAACCUUAGAAAAUUAAGAGAGUUGGAUCUAGAAGAGAACAAAUUGGAAUCCUUGCCAAAUGAAAUUGCUUAUCUUAAGGAUUUACAGAAAUUAGUCUUGACAAACAACCAAUUGACCACGCUUCCUAGAGGCAUUGGUCACCUCACCAACCUUACACACCUGGGCCUCGGAGAAAAUCUGCUGACUCAUCUUCCUGAGGAAAUUGGUACACUGGAGAACCUAGAAGAACUGUAUUUGAAUGACAACCCUCACCUGCACAGCCUUCCCUUUGAGUUAGCUCUCUGCAGCAAGCUUUCAAUCAUGAGUAUUGAGAACUGUCCACUCAGUCACCUCCCCCCUCAGAUUGUUGCUGGGGGCCCUUCUUUCAUCAUUCAGUUCCUAAAGAUGCAGGGUCCGUAUCGCGCCAUGGUCUGAUGCAGAUCUGCGUGUCCUACACACUGUUGAGAAUCAGACUGCCGUUCAUGUUUCACAUCUGUAUCUGUGUCUAUUUAUGUAGAUAUUGAUAUAUAUGGCAGAUUUAUAAAGACUGCAUUAUGUGUUUCUGCUAAUAGAGGAAUCAUAGCCAUUUAGAUUUUUUUAAAAAACUCUGUACAAAGAGCUUACAUAAGUUUUCUUUGCUGAAUUUGAUCGAUGUUUUUCUGUUGUGUAAUCUCAUAUGCCAGUUUGCUUAAAAAUUGCCAACAAAUUAUGAAUUUGUUAAAUUUAAGGGACAGAUGUAGGAUAGUUAGAUAAACAUUUCUCUUAGAAAAAAUAAUGGCAAAUGAUUUUGUUGCGACUUUUCAUAAACAUUUUUCCUUCACCAGUUGUCAGAUCUUUAUAUAUCAUAGGCCCUGAAGGUGAAAUAUUUCCUUAACUUAUUUUGAAAUUUGAGAUUUAAAUUUUAUAUAUUGUUUACAGUCAGAGUCAUUGAAUUUUUGUUUGUUUUCAUUUGCUCUUUUAAUUAGUUACAACUAGAGUUUAUAUCCUCUGUUAAAGAAUUUGCAUCCGCUGGUUUAAAUAUUAAGAUAUUUGCUUGUUCAAACAACUGGAAAGAUUAAAAUAAAUAGCAAAAAAUCUAAAAUUCUUUUAAUUUUACUUCUCUGAUGAAUUGUGAAGCGAAAUAUCUUAGGUGAGUCUUUGAUGAGGGUAGGGUAUUGAAAUCUUUCCUAGUAUAAAUAUGUUUUCUAAGUUUGGGGGAACAUAAAUUUGUAGCUAAGAGGAUUCUUUUUUCAUUUCUGAAAGUUGCAAAUCCACAAAAACUAACAAAUUUGGCAAAUAAAUUAUACAUAAACACAUUCUAUAUAUGUAUAUACAAUGCUAUAUAGAUAUGUAUUUAUUAUAUCAUGAACUACAAUAGGUAACUUUAAGGAAUUUUCUCCCUCUCCUUGUAUAAUGAAAUGAAUGUCUUUCUUUGAAAACUGCAAUAUCUGUAUGUUUCAAGGUUAUUUAACAGUGUACGAUGGUUUUAUAUCUUGACUUGCCUUGUACAUCUUUCAGUUCUGGAAUAUCUGUGUCUAAGCACAAUAUCUUCACACUGUGCUGUAUUGCUGCUGAACUAAAUGCACUUUUCCCCAUUUGUGGGGCACUGGCUUCAAACAAUUCAGUUCAGUACCAUUACUUUUAAACUUAUCUUUCCUUUCUUGGUAGUUGGUGAUACAGUUAUGGAAAAGAGGCACAUUGCAUAGAAGCCAUUGGAAGUUCCAUGGAAGUUAUGUAAGAUGUGCAUGUACUAUUUGAUAUAUUUUCUUUCUCUUUACUGCCUUUAAGACUAGCAGAAUUGUAAAUGUGUGCCCCUGUAGUACUCUUAUUUUUGGUAGUGUUGGUCUAAGUAAUUUUAUAUUGACAAGGCGGAGAGAGUAAGUGCAUUCUAGAUAUCAUACAAAAAACACUCCCAUACAGUGAAUAACUAUUCUAUAUAAUUACAUAUUGCUGCUUUUUCUCCCAUUUAGUAGGGCAUUGUCUUUUAGACGAACCUUUUUAAAAAGAAAUUAAGGCCAUACUAUUGAUAGAAAUUUGGAGUGUUUUGCUUUUUUUUGAAACUCAUGUCGGGACUAGACUUGAAGUCAAACCUAUAUUCACAAUUGGCAAUUUUAUAAGAAGCACCCAAGAAAUGGAAGGCAGGUGAAGAUAUAAAACCCUAGAAUGCUUAAAUGUGCUGUAAAACUAUUGUAGAUGUCACUGGAUUUUACCAAGUAAUAUCCUUUCUUCUUUUCCAUCUACUGUGGCUUUUCAGUUAAAAUUUGUUUAUAAAAGGAAUUUGUUUAAUACAGCUCUACCUUGAGCUUA